AUGUCGCAAAUUUCACCGCUUCCUCCAGAUAUUCUACAAACUGAAGCCAAUUUCGGUCUCAAAAUUCUGAAUGAUUUCGGAUACGAGCAAAGUUCGAUCGUUUCGCCACUCUCAAUUUUGCUCUCUUUGAGUUUGGUUCAUCUGGGUGCAAAAGGUCACACCAAGGAUCAAAUCAGAAAUUCGAUCUUGAACUCGACACAUGAACAAUUUAUUGAGCAUUUCAGUGGAUUGAACAAAUUGAUUGAUAAUGAUAUAAAUGAUGUUCAAUGUAAUAUUGCCAAUCGACUUUUUGUUGGGUAAGCUUCUAAAGUUGUUCUUUAUUUUUCAAAACAAAACUUUAUCGGUUACAGAAGGGACCAAGAAAUCGAAGAAUAUUAUUUGAGAGAUGUUGGAAAAUACUACAAUGCUUAUGCGGAAAAAGUUGAUUUUGGAAUACCAUCAGAAGCAGCCACAGUAAUCAAUAAAUUUAUUAAUGAAACCACAAAGGGAAAAAUUGAUGAUAUGGUAAAAGCGAAUAAUUUGAAUGGUGUUGAUGCGAUGUUGGUGAAUGCAAUUUAUUUCGAAGCUGAUUGGAGACACAAAUUUCAAAAAGACGCUGCAAAACCGGCCGAUUUUCAUAGUUCAUCGACCAAAAAACGAAGCGAACAAUUUUUGAGCGACUCGUAUUAUGAGAGAAAAUAUGCAUCAGAUGAUUAUUUCCAGAUGGUUUUGAUUCAAUACAAAGAUAAAUCGGCGAAUUUGGCGAUUUUUAUGCCGAAAAAACGAUUUGGAUUGAGAGAUGCGAUGAAGAAAAUGGAUGGAAAACGUUUUCACGAUUUGAUUGAAAAAGCUGUUUUAGAAUAUGUUUUCGUAAGUGCAUUCGGAUGGUUUUCUACAACAACUUGAACAUUUUUUCAGUUAUCUUUCCCCAAAUUCAAAAUUGAAAAGCAAAUCAGUUUGAACACCGUUUUGGGAAAUCUUGGACUCCGCGAAAUUUUCACAGAAUCUGCCGACUUUUCGGGAAUUUCUCCAGGCCUCAAACUCUCCGCUGCUGCUCAUGAAGCUAUGAUUGAAGUUAGAUAUAAUCUUCAAACAGAAGUUCAAUCAUUUUGUUCAAUAUUUUCAGGUUGAUGAAUGGGGAACUCGUGCGGCCGCUGCUUCCGAGGUCAAAAUCUAUGGUGUUUCAGCGCCAGCUGGAGUUCCAAUUGAAUUCAAAGCUGACCAACCUUUCCUCUAUGCAGUUAUCAAAGACAAAGUUCCAGUUUUCAUGGGAAUUUACACAUAA